AUGUCCUUGAGUAAACAACAAUCAUCAUCUUCGUCAGGCGAUGAUCCAGGUCGUGGCCUUCGAGAAAUCCUCAAGAGCGAGGCUCAAACAUUUUGCUUCGAGUGCGGACCGGUGCCGUUUCUAGGUACAAAUGCUGAUUGCUUUAACUGUUGCAAAACCAAAUACGGGAGUCCUCCAGUCGUUAGUGGCGUUGUUGAGGGAAGUGAGAAACACUGUCAUUGCUAUUGUUGCUUCUUUUGCUUCCCAAUAAAACAUCAAGGCCAAAACUUAUCAUUGCUUGCCCCUAUUUCCCAUACACUCAAUCUUCUUGUCGCUAAAAAGUAUCUAUAA